GGGUUGAACAUGGCGGCGGGCUGCAGGGGCGGGUGGCGGUUCCUCUGCACCGCGGCCGCUCUGCUCCUCGCAGCGGUGCUGGGUCCCGCCGCCUCCGCCUCCUCCUCCCGGGCAGGCAGCCCGGGCGAGCUGCGGAGCCGCGUGCAAGUGCUGGGCGGCUCCAACUGGAGCCUGGUGUUGCAGGGCCAAUGGAUGUUGGAGUUCUAUGCUCCUUGGUGUCCAGCUUGUCAACAGAUUGAAUUGACAUGGGAGAGUUUUGCAAAGGAAAGCGAACGUCUAGAUAUCACUGUGGGAAAGGUGGAUGUCACUCAAGAACCAGGCUUGAGUGGUCGUUUCUUUGUCACAACACUUCCUACAAUUUACCAUGCAAAUGAUGGAGUAUUUCGCAGAUACCGAGGCUCACGGACAUUGGAAGAUCUUCAAGGUUAUGUUUUAGAGAGAAAAUGGGAAGCUGUGGAACCUGUAGCAGGAUGGAAGUCUCCAUCUUCUAUAGUGAUGCAUGGCAUGGCAGGGCUAUUUCACCUCUCUGGAUGGAUCAGGCAAAUUCAUAGCUACCUCACUGGUGCUCUUGGGAUUAAUGUUUGGAUUUCUUAUGCCAUCUUCAUCUUAGCUACCUUAUUGAUUGGCCUGUUCCUGGGUUUGAUACUGGUUUUGAUUUCAGACUGCCUUUGCCCAUCCAAGUCAAGAUACAGAGCUGAAGCAUCUGAAGAAGCAAUUACAAAGGAUAAUGUGGAGAAUGCAGCAUUAGAAGAACCGGAGGAGGCUGCAGAGCUUUCCGCAGAUGAUGCGGAAGAGACUGCAGAUGUAAAAGAUCUUUCAGAUGGAGAAGAUGCAGCAAAUUCAAGUGCUGAUGACUCAGAGGAGGAUUUAGCACUUGGAAAAGAAUCAGGGGAAGAAGAAAUGGAAGACUUAAGUGAAAAACCUUUAGCUGAUCCAGAGACUGAAAGCUCAGUAAGACAGCGUAAAAGUCAGGUGGCUGAUAAUGGACUAUAGUUUUUUCGGUGGUGUAUUUUGUACACUUGGACCAAAGAAGUAUCAGACCCUGGGUCUGAAGUUGAAGCUUACACUUGAUUUGUCAUUUGUGUUUACGCAAAACCUCUGCUCUGUCAGCAGACUUCUCUUUUUUUAAACUAAUACUUGCUUACUUUGUUUUAUAAGCACAUAUGCUGUGUGUUGCAUUAAGUUGCGUAACUUUAGCCAUGACAAUCAAAAUAAGUGUAUUUUAUCUCUUUGAAGUCUUCUAAGAGAAAAGGAGUGUAACAGCCUCAGUUCACCAGCUGUAAAAUGGUAAUCUAUGCUUGUGUUCCUUUAAGUAUUAACCUAAGCAAGAUCAGGAGUUUUAAUUCUUUACAGUAGCUCGGCAGGACUGUGACUUUUCUGUCUGAAUGUUUAUUGUUUCCAUAUGCCACAGAAACACCAGAGAAGUGAUACAGUAGUGAAAGAAGGCACCUUACUAGUCUUCUAUUAAAAAUGUUGUGUACGAUGUGUUUAUUUUUAUCACUUUCAACUGAAGCACCUUUCUCUUUCAUUUUUAUUAAUGUUUGCUCUGAAAGUUUAUCAUAGAGUAUGCACCCAAAUUUUUCAGUUUUUGGUAAUUCAGAGGCAUGUUGCACAGCUCAAGCUUGUCAGCUGAGUUUUUUGACCCAAGGAGUUUAAGUAAUUGAAAACCUCAGGCCGAGAAAGAGUGGCAGCUAAAUGUUUAAAAUACGUUUGAACUUUUAAAAGGUUUAAAGGAAAUUAUUUUGGUCAGGGGGGAUUUUUGCCAAAGCGUGACUCUAUCUCCCCGCCCCCCGCCAAGAGAUUGUAGCAAGAAGUAUUCAUUUUGCAGUCAGUAAGUUGUGUAUUUCUUGCCAAUACAAGCUUGUCAUAUGCAGUGCAGUUCUGCCAUUUCCAACUCAAAAUACUUUUAGCAGAACUCAAACUGCUUUAGUAAUAUUAACUGAAGAGGCACUUAAGGUUUUACCUUUGAUUGCAUUUCUACGUUUUGUCACUGGAAUCGGCAUGUUAAGAAAAGAGAGGGACAUGAGUGGGUAGUGGGGAGAAGCUUUUGGUUUUGCUACUUAUAUCAGGAUAAACAUGGGUCUAUUGAACUGUGUAAAGUGAAAAUGGCUUGCCAGCUAGACAGCAUUAGGUAUGAUUAGAAGACUUAAGUCAUUAGAGAUAUCAGUAUUUCCCUCCUUUGACUUGGUUAAUAUAUAAGGCUUUUUUUGGUAAGGAAUCCCUACAGUGAGAUCCUGUAUGUUCCUACUUUGUUGAUGUGUGAUCAUGUGCAUAAGAUGUCUUAAUCUUGAUUUUUUUUUUAAAUGUGCGUAUAUAUAUAUUUUGCAUAAACCUUGAUAACAUGCAUGAAUUUCAUCUUGUUCUUCAAGAAUAAAGAGUAAUCAGAGAUGAAAUCAUCUCAUCAGAAGAGAAGUUGCAAGUGCAAAAUGCUGGUUUCCUUUGAGACUGAGAUUAAUAGGGCCAAUUUGUGUUGAAAGUUGUUUUGGUUUGGGUGGUUUUGUUUUUGCUGGUUUUG